CAAGAAUAUUUUUGUAGUUAAUCCUCAUGAUCCUCCAAAAUCUACCCAUCUCUCUCCCGUAAUAAAAACUCGGAGAAAGAGGAAAACCCUAAUCCUCUCUUUCUCUCGGAUCAUUCAAGAAACAAAAAAACUAAGAGAUGAAGAUGAGGAAGCUUUGUCCGAAUUUAGACGAUGAAGACGGGUUAGAGACGGUUUUAGAGGUUCCUGUGCCGGAAGAAAUGUUUACGAAGAUGGGAAGCAACGCGACGGGGAGGUGGAGGAAUAUGCAUGCUCUUAUGAAGGCCCAUGCCGUCGUGACCGCAGUCGCUGCUGACAUGAGAACGCCGGCGUCUUCGUCAUCGAUGAGUAAUGUUAAUAUGCAUAUGCAGUCAAAAUCAGAUAAUGAAUUUGUGGCGUUGUUGAAGAUCGUGGGAAGUCCUCUUAUUCCUUUUCAUGUCCCUCUUGAAUUUUGUCUCUCACGACCCAUCAAUGUCCCUUCCAUCGAGGCGUCAACGGCUAAGUACAUAGUGCAGCAAUACGUGGCUGCGUGUGGAGGUCCAGCCGCUUUGAACGCGGUGAAGAGCAUGUACGCGGUGGGGCAGGUGAGGAUGCAAGGCUCCGGGAUGGUUGCUGGAGAGGAUGAAGGGAUAACAGCCACGCCAGUGCGGCUGGGGAAAGGCAAUUUCGAAGUCGGAGGUUUUGUUUUAUGGCAGAAGAAUCCAAACCUUUGGUUCUUGGAGCUGGUGGUUUCCGGUUUCAAAAUUAGCGCCGGCAGUGACGGCAAAGUGGCUUGGAACCAAUCAUCCACCCAGCCUUCCCAAGCCCACCGUGGCCCUCCUCGUCCUCUCCGCCGCUUUUUUCAGGGACUUGACCCUAGGUGUACGGCUAGUCUCUUUUUAGACGCCGUUUGUAUCGGCGAACAGACCAUUAACGGCGAAGACUGUUUCGUCCUAAAGGUAGAGACACCGGCAGAUAUACUCAAGGCGCAGUGUUCGGCCAACACGGAGGUGAUCCACCACACUGUGUGGGGUUACUUCAGCCAAAGGACGGGACUUCUAGUAAAGUUUGGUGACACAAAGCUCGUGAGAGUCAGAUCCGCUAGGGGCAAAAAUGACGGCGUUUUCUGGGAGACAAGCAUGGAGUCAAUCAUUGAUGAUUACAUGUACGUUGACUCGGUCAACAUAGCUCACAGUGGUCGAACGUUGACCACGCUUUAUCGAUACGGCGGAGCGGUUAAUCAUCGGAGAAGAAUUGAGGAGAAGUGGAGGAUUGAGGAAGUUGAUUUUAAUAUUUGUGGGCUGUGUUUGGAGAGCUUCUUGCCACCGUCGGAUAUGAACAAUGAUCAUUAAGUACCGUCGAGAUAAUUUGCCUCUGUGUUGUUGUAUCUCUCUUUCCUUGUU